AUAUUCCUGAAAUACCAGAAAGCAUCUCAUUCUGCAGAGCACUACAGGUAGCAGAUUUCAGUGGGAAUCCACUGACUAGGUUGCCCGAAAGCUUUCCUGAAUUACAGAAUCUAACGUGUCUUUCAGUAAAUGACAUCUCUCUGCAAGCACUACCUGAAAACAUUGGGAAUCUUUAUAACCUGGCUUCACUGGAACUUAGAGAAAAUUUGCUGACAUAUUUACCUGAAUCACUUGCCCAGCUGCAGCGACUAGAAGAACUUGAUUUAGGAAACAAUGAACUUUAUCACUUGCCAGAAACAGUUGGUGCACUUUUCAAUCUUAAAGACCUCUGGUUGGAUGGAAACCAAUUAUCUGAAAUACCUCAGGAAGUGGGAAACCUGAAAAACCUGCUUUGUCUGGAUGUUUCUGAAAAUAAAUUGGAAUGCCUUCCUGAAGAAAUUAGUGGUCUGACUUCUUUAACAGACUUGCUUGUUUCUCAGAAUUUACUUCAGGUCUUGCCUGAUGGGAUUGGAAAAUUGAGGAGGCUCUCCAUUUUGAAGGCUGACCAGAACAAACUUAUUCAACUAACAGAUUCAAUUGGAGACUGCGAAAGCCUUACUGAACUAGUUCUAACAGAAAAUCAACUGCAGUCAUUGCCGAAGAGCAUCGGAAAACUAAAGAAGCUGAACAAUUUGAAUGCCGACAGAAACAAGUUAACAUCUUUGCCCAAAGAGAUCGGGGGGUGCUGCAGUCUUAACGUCUUUUCUGUACGUGACAACAGAUUAUCUCGAAUUCCCUCAGAAAUUUCGCAAGCCGCUGAACUUCAUGUCCUGGACGUUGCUGGAAACAGGCUGACGUAUCUUCCCCUCUCACUGACUACCUUAAAGUUGAAGGCUUUGUGGUUGUCUGAUAACCAGUCCCAACCUCUGCUGACGUUUCAGACUGACACAGACCCUGAAACAGGAGAAAAGAUUUUGACAUGUGUAUUACUUCCUCAAAUGCCUUCUGAGCCUGGUUGCCAAGAUAACUUACCACGCUGUGGUGCACUGGAGAGUCUGGUAAAUGAAAUGUCAGAUGAAACAUGGAAUGAGCGGGCAGUGAAUAGAGUCAGUGCAAUUCGCUUCUUAGAAGAUGAAAAAGAUGAAGAGGAUAAUGAAAUGAGAACACUUCUAAGGCGAGCCACUCCACACCCUGGAGAAUUAAAGAACAUGAAAAAGACAGUGGAGAAUUUACGGAAUGAUAUGAAUGCUGCUAAAGGACUGGAUUCAAACAAAAACGAGGUCAAUAAUGCCAUUGACAGAGUGACCACUUCUGUGUAGAAUUUCAUCUCCA